AUGUCAUUCUCACAGAAAUACCAUCCACUCCCAACAGUCGAUAAGGACGCUGGAGAGCAGGAAUCUCUGCAACGCAGGGACCCUCGCAAAAGGAGAUCUCUCCUCGUCAUCGUUGUCAUCAUAAUCAUGUUUACUUCACUCCCUUUUGUACAUAUGAUCAGGUCCAGGGGGCUCUGGGGUGCUUGUCAUGGCUCGCAGCGUAACUCUUCUACAUUGGCAAAGCUGCCUUCUCACUACACCUUACCAUCGGGUGAUAAUAUUCCCUCAGUUGCAUUGGGUGUAUGGCAGGCUGGCAAGGGGGAAGUCGGAAACGCUGUGAAAACCGCUUUGACAGCAGGGUAUAGACACAUCGAUGGAGCCUGGAUUUAUCGUAACGAGGAAGAAGUUGGUCAAGCUCUUAAAGCAAGUUCUGUACCUCGUGAAGAACUUUGGCUCACGUCAAAGCUUUGGAACACUUUUCACGCACCUGAGGACAUUGAGACUGCGCUAGACCAAUCGCUUUCCAUGCUCGGUACCGACUAUCUCGACUUGUACUUGAUUCAUUGGCCUGUUGCAUUUAAGACGGGCACUACCAUUUUGGAUGAGGAUCUUACUGCCGAUCCAUAUCCUACUUGGCAGAAGCUCGAAGAACUUGUUGACAAGGGUAAAAUAAGGAACAUCGGUAUCAGCAACUUCAAUAUCAGAAGGAUCCAGAAUUUGACCGCAAACAAUCUGAAGUACCAGCCAGCUGUCAAUCAAGUCGAGCUCAACUUUUGGAACCCUCAACCCGAACUAUUGAAGUGGUCAAAGGAGAACGGGCUUCUUCUCGAGGCGUACUCUCCACUUGGUAGCGACAAGCAAGUCGGAAAGUCUCUUUCUGUCCCUGAGGUAAAGAGCAUCGCAUCCCAACUUGGAAUCACCCCGGCUCAGGUGAUUAUCUCGUGGAGCGUCCAGCGCGGUACGAUCGUCCUACCGAAGAGCGUAACACCUUCUCGCAUCGCAGAGAACCUUGAAGUAUUCGAACUCCCACAGGAAGACUUUGAGAGGUUGGAGAAAGCAGCAACUUCGCACACUCCGCAGAGAGUGGUCAACCCGAGCGCGGGUUGGAAGUUGCCUUUCGAUGUAUUUGAUGGGCAGUGA